AUGUUUGCAUCGGGAAAAAAUUAUCCUCAACCGUCCUUUGCGGGGGUUCUUCCUCAAUAUCAUCAGCGCCAUGUUUCCUACCAGCCUCACUCUCAGCCAUAUGUGCUGAACUCCUCUGUUCCGCAACAACAGUACCACCACCAGCACUCCAUGUCCUAUUCUGGAGGCUACAACAUGGCUGGUUACUAUGUUCCACAGGCUGAGUUUUAUCCGUCGCAACAACAGUACCAGGCGGCACCUCCUCCUGUGCAGGAGCAGUCCAGCUCUGCCCCAACUGGAGGUGUGUCGUCGGUGCUCGACUACGACCUCGACCAAAUGGUUAAGUUUGUUUGCUGGUUGUGUUUUGGCCUAUUGAAAAGAACAGACAGCCCUUCCACGUCUUUCCACAGCACUGUGAAGUCUGUCCUUUCCGCAACAAGACUGCCGAGAUCCACCAUUGUCCUUGCUCUCCUCUAUCUCUCGGAGAAGAUGGAGAGCGAAGAGACUCCAAUAAGUGUUGAUUCCGAAGCUUUCGAGAAUCUUACAAUUUCGUUGGUUUUGGCCAAUAAGUUCAAUGACGACAACACGUUCAGAAACAAGUCUUGGUCUGACGCCACCGGUUUGUCGCUCGAGCUCAUCAACAAGCUCGAGCGCGACUGGCUGUGCUCGAUCAAGUGGAGACUCCACUACGAAGACGGGUAUUCGUGUAUCGAGGAAUGUUGGAAGACGUGGUGCGACAAGUUUAAGACUAAGCCUGUUCACUCGCCGUACAACGACCCGUUCAUGUCCCCUUCGAUGGACACUCCAUCCGGUUUCCAGAAUGGUACUCCGUACGAGUACAGAUCCCCGUCCAGCUCUCUAUUCUCAGCGACCUCUCAGUACUCUCCAGCGAGUAGUACUCUGAACUCGUCGCCCUACUACAAUGAUUAUCAGCAAUCUGUUCAGCAACAGGUUUUCGAAAAUCCAUAUCAGCUGCAAUACAACAACUCGUUGGUGAAUCCGCCAAUGGCUGUUAACAGCGAUUACUUUUCUUUCCAGCCGCAACACACAGCCAGAUCAACAUAUAAACACACUGGCAUGUCUGUUGCCGCCGCACAACGGUACUAUCCAUUGAGCUACCACCAACAACAAAUGGUUCCACCUAUGAUGACGACCGGUGUUUGCUACGGCGUCUCAUCACAACAACCGCUGACUCAGAGACAGCAGCAGAGCCAGGCCCAGGAAUUCUACAAUCCAACGAGCUACUGUGCUGCCACUGCCUGCUGA